ACAUAUGACAUUGAAGUAUCAACGGCAGAAAGAAGCAAAGUAUAAACAAAAAUUAUCGGUUAAUGAAUAAUCAACCAACGUUAUAAAUUCACCCAAAUGUUCCUAUUUUCAAUAUUUUUGAAAAUACUUCCUGCAACUAUCUAAAAAUUUUGUCGUUAUGGUGAGCAUAAUAAGAAGUGUCAAUAGAAAUUCAGGGGGUGCAACUUUUUUUAGUGAUUCAGAUAUGAUGGACUCCCGCGAAUUGCAGCCAAUACUUGAACAUUAUGGGACAUUUAAACCACUCAAGACUGUGCCAGCUUUUACUGUACAUCUACUUUACACUCUUGGCUUAGAAAUAAUGGCGAUAAUUUAUGCAAUCAUUCAUCCCGAUGAGAAACAUAGAUGUAUGGAAUACUUCGUAAUCAUAUAUGCUCAUAUUGGACUGUGGUUUCUGACACUGUUAUUGGAUCAAAUAGCCCGUAUGAAGCAUUUUGAGUUACGAAUAAAUGGUUAUCUAGACUUUUAUAACAAAAUACGUAUCCAACACCGACUUCCAUUUUAUGUUGUCAGUUUAUGGAAUGCUGUUAUUAUGCUCAUCCAGACAAUUAUGCAGCAUUUUUAUCCAGAUCAUUUUGAACAGGAAUGUUUGAAAGGAGGUGUAUUAUCUCCAAUAAGUUACCUGUGCGCAUUCAUAACUGUGGAGUUUCUUGUAAUAGCAGGAGUCAACAUAGAUUAUAUAGUGAAAGUUCGAAGAUUUAACAUGCAAAAAAUGCCACCAGAUGUGCAGAAAGAAGAAUGGGCCUCUGCUUCAAAUACCGAUGGCCUGAAUCAAGCAGAAAUAGGAUAUAGACAAUUGGGUGAUAAAUUUUAUGAUUUUGUUGAGAAGCAGGCUGAUUUAAUAAGGCAUCUCAGAGACCACAAUGAAAAACUGGCAGAAAAAAUAGUAUUGCUGAAUGCCCAGUUGAAAAAUCAAAAUGCAGCUCAAAGUACCGCACAAUAAAGCCAAAGUGAAAAAUUCUCAUAUAGUACUGCAAAAAACGUUUGCUGUGUUUUAGUCCAUAAAAAUAUUCUCUGAAUUGUUGAUUCAAGAUUGAUUAAUCUGUUGUUUGUUUUACCAUUUGAUUUGAUUUCAAGUAUAUAUAUUUUUUUACCUGGAAACAUUUUAUUCAAUUGAAUGUAAAUAAAAUCCUAAUAUUUUUUUA